CAACCCAAUUAAAGCCUUUAAUACAACCGAGAGGAGCCGUCCAUCAGACCAGCAUCUCUUGUGAGCUCAAACCGCUGCAGAGAACAUGAGGACACUCCAGGAGAAGAUCAUCAUCCUCUCUGUCAUUUUGUCCCUUUUCUGUCUCACUCAGAUCAAUGCACUCCCAGUUCCUGAUGACUGGGACAGAUUGAUCCAGAGAACCAAACGGUCACUUCUGUGGCGCUGGAACAGUCUGAAACCUGUCGGAGCCAGCUGCAGAGAUCACUUAGAGUGUGGCACAAACUACUGCAGGAGAAACAUUUGUUCAUUCUGAGACUUGUGCAGAAGAAAAGACACAAACAUAUUUCUAUCAGGCUGAUACAA